UGCACUAAUGUUGGCUGCCAAGGAGAGUAUGACUGAAGUUGUUUCGCUGCUACUUGAGGCUGGAGCUAAAGUUGAUCUACAGGAUGAGCUUGAAGACUCUGCACUGAUGUUGGCUGCCAAGUAUUGCAGGACUGACAUUGUUUCACUGCUGCUAGAGGCUGGAGCUAAAAUUGACCUUCAGAAUAAGAGAGACUCUGCACUGAUGAUGGCUGUAAGGUGGGGUAGGACUGAAGUUGUUUCACAGCUAAUAGAUGCUGGAGCAAACAUUGACCUACAGAAUGAGGAUGGAGAUUCAGCUGUGAUAGUGGCUACCACAAACUACAAUCUGUCAGUCCUGAAGGAACUGGCCAGAGCUGGAGCUGAUCUCAACCUGCAGAACCAGGAGGGGUUGACCGCCCUGAUUAUCUCCUCAAGAUCUGGUAGAUCUGAUAUCACAGAGAUACUACUGUCAGGAGACAACAUCGCUCUUGAUAUUCAAAUAACCAAUGGAUGGUCAGCUCUCUUCUUUGCUGUCGAUGAAAGAGAUGCAGCAACAACAGAGUUGCUACUAAAGGCAGGGGCUGACCCACAUCUCAGAGAUUAUAAUGGACUCACAGCCCUGGAUAUCGCAGCCGGUGUUCCUUCACUGCUACGAGUUAUCGGUGUUGGCGAUCGUCACAGGGCUGUGCGUCGACUACUGAGAAGCUACAUGAGGAAACCCUCUAAAUUAGAAGCUUUGCCAGCAGAAUCAUCACAGGAUCCUCCCCAACAGAUCACUCAUCUCAGAAGCAUCCCCAAUCAGCUCACUCAUCUCAGGAGCCUCCCCAAUCCGUGGAAUCAUCUCAAGAGCCUCCCCAAUCAGUGGACUCAUCUCAGGAGCCUCCCCAAUCAGCAGACUCUCAUGAAUCAGCAGUCACUAGACUCUCUCAGAGCCUACUAAAACUUGUGAAGGGUGCCAGACAAGCAGCAAAGCAGGGAUUCGAUCGUCUGGAGUCCAGAGUCCUGAGACCUAAUAAGGUGAAGAUUGAGGGGGUGGAGUUAGUGGUCAGAGGUCAGGAGGGAGAAGAGAGAGUCAAGCAAAAGCUGAGACCACAUCCACCACUAGAACAGCGUCCUCAUGAUGAAUAUUGGACCAGUCUUGCUCCACAUGACUAACAUUGCCAACCACACCUGACAUCAACAUGCGGCUCAUUUAUUAUGUAAUGAUGUUGAUGCUAAUUUUCGGUUUUCAUUGUACUACCUUUAGCAGCUAGUUCCUUCAGAUGUCAGAUGGUA